UCCAGAACAAAUUAAAUCAUUUCUACAAUACAAAUUCAUAGUUAUCCAAUUUUCCUGGGCAUUCAAUCAGGGUUUCAUUUUUCCCAAUGCAACACUGUAGUGCAUUUUAAAAAUGUUGCCAGAUUCUGCCUGGCUGUGAUGCACUUAUCAGUAAGAAAAAAAAAUGGCCUUUCCACACCCCACAAUGAGAUUUUGACACUGUUCACCAAAACCCCUUCAUCUAAUCUCUUUUCCUGCGUGAACAACCACCACCGUUUUGUCUUUACCCAUGGCCAAAAUCUGGAUUGAAGUGUGCUUGAUAUCAGCUCGUGGUGUGAGGGGUUCACCCUCACUUUGGAAGCGUCAGUGGUAUGCAGUUGGGUGGGUUGAUCCUAAGAGCAAGUACUGUACCAAAGUUGAUGCUUCUGGGAAUGCCAACCCUCUUUGGAGGACCAAGUUUGCCAUCCAGGUUGAUACCUCCAACCCAGAUCUGGCACUCCACUUGGAGGUUUAUAGCAGAGAUCCUUUGUUCCUCACUGAGAAGCUUCAUGGCUCCGCAACAGUUGUUCUCAGAGAGUUUUUGGCUAAGCAGGUCCACAACUCUGAAGAAGUAGGAAGCUACCAGUUGAGAAAGAAGAAAUCCAACAAACCAAGUGGCUUCAUUGAUAUUUCAAUCCGUCUUUCUGAGAACAAGGAGGACCCUACUUUCCACCCACAAGGUAAUGGGGAAGGAGUAGUGCUGCUAGAUUAUGGCAAUGAUACUCACUUGACCCCAGGGGGUGGAUUUGGACAAGCCUACCCACAGAAAAAGCCUCAAGCUUCAAUCCAUCAUUUCCAUGGGACAGGAAAACAGACCCAAAAUAAUGUCCCCUACACACAUCCAGUGCCAUUUCCUGCAGACUACGCUACUAAUCCUCCUUAUAUGAGUGGACCAAGCUAUCCUGCAGCUACUGGACCAAGUUAUCAAACACCCAGAACAACUCCUGCACCACCACACUCAAAGGUCAAUCAUGCUCCCACUUUUUUCCCAAGUAAUGGUGGCAUGGCACCUAGUUAUUUUAACAUGCCAUCAUCAUCAUCAUCUGGGGCAGGUCCUAGGCCAAGAGGGCCUCCAGGAUUUGCAAUUGGGGCAGGUGCAGGAGCAUUGGCAGCUGGGGCUGUAAUGUUUGGUGAUAACUUCAUGUCACAAUUAGGUGAUCCCACUCUUACCAUUGCCACUGACCCUCUUUUCUGAUCAACAAGAGUUAAGCAGCUUCUGUAAUUAUUCUAUUGGGCUGCACACAUUAUGGCCAUUAUGCCAUGAGAGUUUUCUUCUUCUGUCUGAAUCUGAAAUCAAUUUUUUUAGAGGUGUUAUGACUACUCUUUUUGUUUAGUUUCAUGGUGCUCUCUUUCUAGUAAAAAAUGUCUGCAAUACCUUGUCUUGUUAUAUAUUAGAUGAACAGAGGCAGUAUUGUAGAUCCAAUUGACUAAACAAGGAUACAGGGAUGAAAACACACAAAGUGGCAAAGGUUUUUGCUUGAAGAAAGCCUUAUGCCUAUUAUGUAACAUGAAGUUUGCUUGCUCGUGAUUUUCUACUGA